AUGGAUCUUACCACUGGAAAUGAUGUGAUUACACUGGCCACCCCUGGAAGGAAGUGGUAUAUUUGUGGUGUGAACGACCAUUGUGCCAACUAUGGACAGAAGCUUGCCAUCACUGUGCUGGAAGCGUGGGUGUCUCCUGCAUCAGCCCCCUCCACCCCCGCAGCAUCAGCUCCCUCCACCCCUGCAACGCCAGCCCCCUCCACCCCCGCAGCACCAGCCCCCUCCACCCCCGCAGCACCAGCACCCAGUUCUGCUUAUGGGAUCUCGGUGUCUGGGUAUCAGCUGCUAAUGGCAGCCAUGGUUGCUGUUGCUUUCCUAGUUGUUUGA